UCCACAGAGCUUCCAGACUGUUUUACCAAAGUUGGUACUCCCCCUGUGGGUGAAGGAGACAAGAGAUGAGUGACGUCAUACAGGAGCAGGGAUAAAGUGCUGUUUCUGCAGCUGUGGGAUGAGAAAAAACUUCUUAGGCAUAUCAAGGAUCUGCUGCCCUGUCCAGCAAAGACACUGCUGACAGGAUCUUUAUUCCUACAGCUCAGCCUUCAGCUCCCUUUACCGAGCUAGGGAUAAAAGAAAAAUAAUCCAGUAAUAGUAGCUAUCAGAAAAUUGGUGUACAAUGCCACAGAACGUCAUUCUCCCAGGACCUGCUCCUUGGGGAUUCCGGCUGACAGGAGGGAUAGAUUUUAACCAGCCUUUGAUCAUAACCAGGUAGUGCCCACAUUGUGCUAAGGAAGAGGGAUUUGUCAAAGGAGAAAGCAGUGGUUUUAAGGAUCACUUCAAGAGGACAGUCCAUGAAAGAGCUGAUAAGGGGAAAAUUUUCAAAGGGGACUAUGAAAGAAGAAGAUAAAUGAGCAGCCUAGGCGGUGACAUGAUAAGAGAAGACCAGGUGCAGGAAAGCCUGAAUUUUGAAGGGCCUUGAAGAUUACUCCAGGAAGUAAGGCUUCAGCAGCCAAUUUAAGUCCUGGUGAUGUCAUUCUAGCUAUUGAUGGCUAUGGUACAGAGAACAUGACUCAUAAUGAUGCACAGGAGAGAAUUAAAGCAGCAUCACAUCAACUUUGUCUCAAAAUUGAGAGGGCAGAAAGUAGAUUAUGGUCUCCACAAGUUUCAGAAGAUGGCAAAGCUCAUCCCUUUAAAAUAAAUUUGGAAGCUGAUCCACAGGAUACAAAUUACUUUGAACACAAGCAUAAUAUUCGUCCCAAACCUUUCAUAGUCUCAGGCCGAAGCAGUGGAGGCAGUACUCCUUCCGGUAUUGAUGGUGGCAGUGGACGUAGUACCCCCUCUUCUGUUAGCACUAUCUGCCCUACUGACUUGAAAGCUGCAUCUAAGAUGGCCCCUAACAUUCCCUUGGAAAUGGAACUUCCUGGUGUCAAGAUUGUACAUGCUCAGUUUAAUACACCUCUGCAGAUGUACUCAGAUGACAAUAUAAUGGAAACACUGCAGGGCCAAGUUUCUACAGCUCUGGGGGAAAAUCCCUCAAUGAGUGAACCAGUGCCAAUCUCUGUACCUCAAUCUGAUGUGUACCGGAUGCUGCAUGACAAUCCGGAAGGGCCCAGUCAACCACGUCAAUCUGGCUCAUUUAAGGUGCUCCAGGAUUUAGUCGCCGAGGAUUCUGAUGGACGUCCCAUUGGUACCAGGAGCGUGAGAGCACCAGAAACAAAGAUGCCUUCUGGUGCAGGAAGUGUACAAAAAGUGCCAUUGUGUGACAAAUGUGGAAAUGGCAUUGUUGGUGCAGUUGUGAAGGCGCGUGACAAGUACCGGCACCCAGAAUGCUUUGUGUGCUCUGACUGCAAUACCAACCUAAAACAAAAGGGCUACUUCUUUGUGGAGGGACAAUUAUACUGUGAAACUCAUGCGCGAGCCCGCAUGAGGCCACCAGAGGGAUACGAAGCAGUUACCGUUUAUCCAAAGUGCUAGUCCUGUGCCAACAGACACACAUGCAUGCACACACAAAGACAUUAACAGCUUAGAGCCACAAUACAACUGACUGAACUUACUGCCUUAAUCCAAAGUAGCAGAUUUUCUUUUGGAGGUGGGAGUGAUGCAGAAGCCUCAUUAGCCAGCAAUAGCAUAUAUACUAGAAACAUUUUGCAAAGUAAUUAUCUUUGAAGCUGCCAGUGUAAUUUAAUGGAGUAUAAGGCAGCAACUCCCAUAACUCAAUCCCUCAAAGGGCCAGUCCACUAAAAAAAGCAGGAAUUUUACACCUAUAUUACCAAACUGCAGUUAUCAAUGUCUUCUUCAGCCAUAAAAUCAUUCAAUUAUCAUUACCCUAUGCCACAAAAACAAGCUUUGCUUUCCUUACUUUGAUAUUUGAGAGUCUAUUUAUUUACACCUCCUGGUACAACAAAUGUAAUAAAAGACUGGUAUUAAUUUUAUAUAAUAGAACAGCAAGCACAGUGAAGCUUGCUUAUAGUAGAGUAGAAUGCAUGUCCCAUAUUUCAGUGAACUGCAGAGUGCAAACUACAAUGAGAGAGUGUUUUCAUUUACUUACCAUGAAAUUCUGAUGGAGACAUGCAAAUGCAAACACACACAUACAAAUAGCAAAAAUGGGCAGGUAUGGUCAUAAUGAAGUCAGAUUUGGUAAAUUUAAAAACUUUGGCAGCAUUUAUAAUUACUGAGAAUUAAAAUAUGCCAAGGAAAGAUCCUGCACUAAGUACUUGGUCAACGCCAAAGAAAAUGCUUACAGCUGAGCAUUUUCUGAAAUCCACUAAGGUCCAAAUUUUCAAUCAGGAGUACGUCUAAAUAUGUAUACACUUUUGCUCAGGCCAGACUUAGUCAUGCCUAUCUUCCAAUGUGCAUGGCAAGUCUGGAUCUUGUGUGCAUUUAUAGGUAUGUGUAGGUACACAACUCUGUACAUGUGCAUCUGAAGAACCAUGUGCCUCCAAUAGGUAUGUGUACAAGUCCAUGUACACUUAGGUGCGCACCUAUAUGAAAAAUUGAGCCUCAGUGUUUACAGUAAGUAUCAAAACUAUAGUAAAUUGCUUAUGACUGUAUUUAAAUACAACUUAUGCUAUACAAAAUUUAACUUUCACAUCAAGCAUACAAACCUAGCAGAGACAUGAAAAACUGAGUACAGAAAGCCCCUAAAUAUUUUUCCCAUUCUACCAAAAGAUCUUAAAUCAUGCAGAACACUGAAUCAAAAUAACAGUGUGUGUAUGUUUUAAACACAUACUAAAAACCCCAUUAAAGGUGCAUCUUGAAAUCUGAAACCCAACGCCUGUGUAUUUCAACAAUUCUCAAGAUUCCUUAAUGUACUAUUUCAGAAUUUAAAUGUUUAUAAAAUUUGUGCAUGUCACCACAUAUUAAAUAUAACAAGAGUGUGCAUAUACAAACAAUGCACAAUAUGACUUUUUAAAUAAAGAUGGCUCCUUAAUUAAUUUUAAAACACCAAAAAUAAUGCUUCCAAAGCACCAGGAAGACUAUAUGUAUUAUUACUUAUUUCCACUAAUGAAAUUCUGUAAAGUAAAUCUAAAUUUUCUUUUGAAAGUGGGAAGGCAAGGAAUACAUACAAUUCUGAGAAGCUUAAGUGUAAUCUAUGUUUUAAAAUCAUAGUUUGUAAUGUUCAUUUCUUUAUUAAUAAAAAUUGAAAGUAGAAAUAAAUCUAUAUAAUCAAGA